UUCUCUCCUUGUUAUGGAUAUGAUUUACUGGAACAGUGAGGAUCCUUUUGCAAAGAUCCUAGCUCUUCAUAAGAACUGUAGUAGGAAGAGGGUAACUCUUUUCCUCUUUGGGGAGCCCAGACUGAUGCCUCAGCUGUGCAGUUUUACUCAAAUGGCCACUGAAAUGUGGCUUUAUCACUGUCAGCACAUCCCUGUGGGUCCCAGGGCUGGUUUCUCCCACCUCCUUUCUGGAAUAACUACCUAAAUUCAGGAUAGUGUUUGACCCUGAUGAGAGGAGGCUGAUCUGGCCCUUUGGGGUGGGAAAUUACUUUGGGCCAUAGAACCUAAGAAAAACAGUACAGAAAUUAUUGCACCCCUACUUGAGGACUCAGCCUUUCUGAAUGACUGCAAACGUCUCCAGUGAGCAUGAUAACAAAUCUGAGUUAUUCAGAGCCUGCUUGUUUUUCCAGGAAAGGAUUGUGAGAUGUUUGCUGCUGCUCUCUGUGCUCUGCCUGGCUGGCUGUGAAGGCAACAAGAGUGAGCUGGCAAGCACCCAUGGCCUGAGGCCAGAGGUUGCCCUCCGUGUCAAGAGGAACCCAGAUGCCUGCCUGCCAAACCCGUGCCAGCACCACGGGCAGUGCCAGGUGACUGUGGACAGACCAGUUUGCAUCUGCAAGCCAGGCUUCACAGGGGAAUUCUGCCAAGAUAUGGUACUGAAGUUGGCUUGUGAGGAAGAGCACAUGAAGAUGAUGGUGAGGAAGGAGGUGUUUGAGCUCUUGAAAAUCCCCCUGGAGCUUGUCCACUUGAAGAACCAGGCAUGCAAGGUCUCAGAGAAGGAAGAAGAGGGUGAGCUGUUUUUUGCAGCCACUCUCACAGGUGAAAACCACACUGCCUGUGGAUCAGUAAUCCAGCAAAACAGUUCCCAUGUCUCGUACUCCAACAUCAUCAAGUCAGAGCGGGAGGCCCACAGGGCCACGAUCUCCCGGAGUUUUCAGCUGGAGGUGCACUUUUCCUGCAUCUACGCCUACGAGCAGGUUGUGAGACUGCCCUUCACUCUCACUGCUGUUGACAAGCUGGUACAGUUUGUGGUCAGAGAAGGACACUUCAAUGUCAGCAUGAGACUGUACAAGUCCCCCUCCUACCUCGAGCCUUAUCCCCUGCCAAGUGUGGCUGUCCCCCUCAUGGACACACUCUAUGUCCUGCUGAAAUUAGAAGGGCAGCACCAGCUCAAGUACUUCCUGCUGAGUGUUUUGGAAUGCUGGGCCACACCAAGCACGGAUCCACACCAGGACAUGCAGCACAAGCUCAUUGAGCAGGGGUGUCCCCAUGACGAGACGGUGACCUAUCUGAAUGCCAUUGGAGAGAGCACUACUGCCAAGUUCAGCUUCCAGAUGUUUCAGUUUGUUGGUUACCCUGAGGUGUUCCUGCACUGCCGUGUCCAGCUCUGUCUUCCUGACAGCCCAGAGCGCUGUGCCAAGCAAUGCCCCGGGCACUGGAGGAACAGGCGAGCACUGGCAGAUGACUACAAUAGGAUUGUCUCCUAUGGGCCCAUCCUCCUGCUGGCUGCUCCUUCCUCGGGAGCAGAGACCCACCAUUCCAGCACGGACCAGCAGGACCCAGUGGGACCCAGCCCAUGGCUCUCCAGGGCCCUCGUUCCGCUGUGUGUGCUCGCUGUGCUCGCUGUGGCUGCUGCGGCUGUCAGCGUGGGGCGCCGAAUGGUUUAGGAAACAGCUGUUUCCCAAUAAAUGUGACAGCAGCAGAGAGGCAUUGCUGUGUCUUUAUGGGUGUUUAGGGGAAGGGGAUAAUGGUUGGAUGCAAGCAAUGCUUGAAGGAUGAGGUGCAGCACAGUGUUUCUGCUCCCUGUAGCAUCUCUUGGACCUUCUCCCCUCUGGGCCCAUGGUCUCUAAACCCAGAGUAUGUACCCAGGGAUGGGAGAGUCCUUCCUCCUGCUUCCCCUCUUCCCCACAGAGUCAUCCUGGUGUGUGGGGAGAGGGAAGUACCCCACUCUAGAUACCUGCCCUACCAAAGCUGGUAUUUGCCUGGUUCUGUGCCACACAAAUGCAGUGUUAGCAGAGAAAGGGCUGCUUUGUGCAUGCACACAUGUGUGUGUGCACCCAUCCAUAGUCAUUUCUCUCCCCAUUCAUGACAUUUCUAUUUUCAUUCAUGACAAAUUGCCAGCAAGACUUUUCCCAUUGAUACAUACCUAAUAUAAAGCAAAUAACAAACAAUAUUGUAGG